UUUAGAACUAUCACUGUGCCCACAAAACGCUUGGUAUCAAAGACUCUAUAUCGAGUGGUUGAAAGAUGUUGUGAGGGUUGGACUGGUGAUGAUUGCAUGACAGGUAUGUUAUAGUGGACUGUGGAUGCAAUAUUCCGUAUGGACAUGCAGGUGUCAACUAUUGGUCAUACGGUAUCAAUACGGAAUAGCUAUUACGCGUCAUUUGUCAGUUAUCGCAGUAGGAAAUUUAUUUAUAUAAUUUGUCAGGGAAAAAUACAGGGGAAUGUUGGUUGUAGGCCUAGUAUACAGUGAGUAACGGCAAUCGCUCGCCCUUUUAAUUAGUGGUUUAUUUACCAGGCUUUGUGCCGAAAUAUGCCAUAGGCAUGCAAUUAAUUCUUUAUUACUUGGCAAGUCCUUUCUAAUCUAGACUCGUAGAUGAAAUAAACAGAUUGUUUCAUUGUAUACAGGAAAAAUUGGAGUGUGACCCUAGAAAGAUUCUCCAUAAGUCACGGUUCUAUUAUGGCAAUUUUGUUAAUGGAAACAACUUGCGACGCCCCUAUAACUUGCAAUAAUAUUUAUUUAUGGUGACUGAAUGUUCUCAAUUAUAACGUCUUCAUUAUACAGCUACUGAUGAAAAACAAGGAAACAACUUUAAAAGACAAUCAAGUAAAUGAGCACGGCUACAUUGAUGGAUAAGAAAUAGAACUUGAACAUCGGGUUAAAAGACAUUAAAAUUAUCUUCCUUUUUAUAUUAUACAUGUAAACCAAUUAGUUCUUGGACAAACUUUUAUUUUUCAUGUAAGCCCAAGAAACUACGUUGUUUUUUUCAUGUAAGCCCAAGAAACUACAUGUAUAUGAUGGAAAAGCUUAUACUCUAAAAUAUUUUUUCAAGGAGUCAAUCCAGGAAUGUGUCCAAGAUAUUCCAGCCCAGGACGUUUUGAACGUUGUGCAGAUGAAUGCCAAACUGACGCAGAUUGUGGAAAGACCAAGAAAUGUUGCAGGUCAACAUGCAUAGGAAUGAAAUGCGCGUCACCAGCACGUAAGAUGUUUUCAGUAAAAUAAAUAUGCAGUAGAAUACAAUUAUAUAAUAAUCAAUAAUAUAAUAAUCAAUAUCAAUAUAAUAUCACCCGAAAAUUUCAGAAAAUAUAAAUCUAGCUAAAGAUCAACAUCUUCAGAAAUGUAUAUGGGUCGAAGACAUUCAGGAACGAAAUUAAAUUACGUUUUUAGUGCAGAGUUUCUUUGAAACUGUGCACUAUUGUGAUGAGUGGCGAAAAUUCACAUCUGUCAUACAUCAGAUAUCAUAGAGUAAACUUUCCGGGGGGUGUAUACGAUUUAUCGUCGUGGUGAUUUAUUCUACUUAGUCAGUGCUUUGAAGGUUAUUUAGGCAAUUUCAGUUGUCUUAUUUAAAUACUUAUUUUGUCCUUUUGCCAAGUUCACAAAAAUUUCCAGGAAUUGUUGUUAUUGCAAAUUUUUGUCAAUUUUAUAACAUUUGCUUCUCCGUGUUGUGUAAAAGAUCUUUCCCCCGGAACACCCAUUUUUUCUUUAGCAGCGCAAAUGCGCAUGUGCUAUCAAGCUGUAGAUCACGAUGGCGAGACGAAUGACGAUGCUAGGAAGGAGCGACACUGCCGAACAGUGUUGUUUUCAAAUUAUAAACAUUUUUAUAGACGUGAAUAUCGAGUAAAUGUUUGAGAAUCUACGCAAUAUAUAAAUUGAUGUUAUGACUUAUGCAUUAUGGGCAUUCAAUUAAGUACCGAUAUUAUUUUGACGGUAUAUUCAAUUUCAAUAUACAAAGCUAGGAAGCAGCGAGACAGUGUUGUUUUGUCUUUUGAAAUGUAUGAACAUUUCAGGCAUGAAUAUUGAGAAAAUCUUUCAGAUUCUACGCAAUAUAUAAAUUGAUUUUUUGCAUUACGGUCAUUCUAUUAAGUGCCGACGGUAUAUUCAUUAUACAGAGCUAGGAAGCAACGAGACCGUGUUUUCAAAUGUAUAAACAUUUCAGACAUAAAUAUUGUGAAAAUCUUUGUUUACGUGUAUAGCACAACGGUGCAAACUCGUGUUCAGUGCAACGAAAACUCUACCAGAUCUUACGAGAAUCUAUCUGUAUCAAAGCUUGUCAAAACUGCUAUAUAAACACUGCAAUAACUGUGAAACUAUUGAAAUCUAAAGUUACAUUAUUGAAUACAUGCGAAAAGCUGAAAAUGACUCAUGAAACAACAACGUGACCUUCGAAAUAUAUCAAAGGUCAAUGAGACUUGUUAUUGUGGACACGUCAUAAUUAGAUUAAAAUGCGGAAAGCGGAUGCGGAUUCACGGAACGGAUAUGGGGAUAAAAUGCGGAUGAAAUGCGUCAUUUUAAUGAGUUUUUCGCCUCUUAUUUACGUUUCUGUGUUUUAGAUUUAUGUUCCUUUUUUGUAAUGGAAUACAACGUCGUAGUGCUUAUUAUUUAUAACAUAUCUUAUACAGCUAUUUUCUCAAGUUGUCACUGAGACAAAAGCCAAAGUGUACAAUAUGGGCGCUAAAAGGAUGGUGGGAAUAAUCACAGAUUUAAACAAGUCACCUAGGUUGCCGGCGACCCUAUAUAGUGUCGUUUUCAAUUGGAAACUUUACAACAUUAUAACAGAAAUUAUGCCUUGUGACUAAUAUUAUAUGAGGAAAUAAAUAAUAUUACAUAACUCUCGUCAUUCUUUAAUCUUAAAGUAUUAGAUUUAAACCAGAUCUUAGCAUUUUUACUGUUGUAACAGUCACGCGCGCUACUACUGUACGUCAUAUCGACAUGUGAUUAAAGCUAUAAACCACGCUUGAAAAACUAUUCAAUUAAUAAGUAUGUCAAUAUAGCGUUCGUCUUUGAAACUCUGCACUAUCCUUGGAUCCCUAGUUAUAUUUUGAAUAGAGCUAUACUGUAAAAUAAGAUCAUAUCUUGCAAGAUCUCGGAUACUAGAGUAUCUUGCGAGAAAAAAACUAAUAAUAGGUGUGUUGAUAUGAACUUGGAAGAUUGUCUGAUAGAUAAAAACCUACUGAGUAUUGUGUCCGGAUUUUAGGUAAAACCCUCUCUAAAUGUCGGCACAUAAUGGUUGCCUAAGAGUAAAAAUAAAAUAAACACCAUUAUCCCAUACCUGUGCUAAAAGCGGCUUUCUGAUUGGUUCUGUGAGCAGGUGAGUUUUUUCGAACUCAUCUGCCCUCCGCCAAACUUAUACACCCGCGAUAAAACUUCUUACGUUGCCGUCCGCGUCAAUAACAAAGGCGGGCAGGGCAAGAUUUAGCCGAUAAACAGAACUUUUUUCGGUAACUCACCUGCUGAAACUGAAGAAAACCAAAGAAUGCGAUGUUUAAUGUUUAAUUAUAUAUAUUUUUGUGCAUUCAGGUCUUUCACAUAAUUAGCGCAAAAAUAUUUGCCAAAACUUUUGCAUUAAAUUGGUAAUUUUAAUUAUAAUAAUUAUAAAUAAGGCGUGUUGCUGACCUUGCUGGCACAAUCCGCAAUUCCUGCAAUAGACCUUUGCAUUUAUUACCCGUUCUAAUCCCUAUUACACGUCAGGAGAUGAGUGCACUCAGGAUAACUAUUUUAAGUAUGAUUGAAUCUAUUUCUUCUGCUAAUCCUAUAAAAAGAUUACCCUUGGAAUGUCCAAAAUCCAUUUACAGCCGACAAUUUGAUAAAAGUAUAUAAAAAAAUAAGGGGCUUUUUAGAUAAUCUUGCAUGGUUUGCAGGAACGGGUGGAAGGUGAGAUAAUUGAAAUGAAUCGAAAGUUCAAACGCCGAUUAAAAUAAUUCAAAUGUUUUGGAGAAGACCUCGCAGUUUAACAAGAUUAUUCUUGCUGAUUGAACAACCUGUCGCGUGUAUACAAUUAUACUACUAUUCUAUCUAUAGAUAAAUAAUGUAGUUUUGCUGAAUCGUGCAUCGUAACACUUUUCAAUCAUCCCGCCUCACAUAUCGUCUCGGUAAAGCGGGGUCAUGUAAACUGCCACUAAAACACGGCAUUUUGCAAAUCCAAGAUAUGAAUUAAGAUCAUGACAAAAAUUUUAUGGUUUUAUUUACCAUUGAUUUUAAUCCAUAUCUUGGUCUUGGAUUUGCAAGAUUCAUUUCAUCGGAAUUUGUUUUAUUUUAUAGUCUAAUUAGAGUGUGGUUAUGAGGAGUAGAUACUCGCAACUACACGAAUAAGGAACUGUUGUAGAAUUAGUAUGUUGCAAUGACUUCAUUAAUACAAUAAUUUUAUUGUACAACGGAAAACGACUGCAUUUCAUUUUAGAAACUUUGCUUUUCGAUCAAAUUUUAAUCUUACUGUAGUUCUAAAAUAAAAUAAAAUAACGUAAAUUGUAUUUUGCUUUUAGGCUACAGAAAAGCACGAGACAGUUGUGUAAAGCAGAACAUCGUGAUCAAGUAUGGGACCGUAUCAUCCGAUACCCUGACACUUAAUGUUUCCGAGGCUAGAGCUAUCAUGCAGCAACUUGUUGAUAUCGGGAAAAAAGAAUUAAAUAGUAAAUGUAGAUCAAAAGCGACACUUAGACUUGGGACUGUACAGGUAUCUGAGUCAUCAGGCUACACGAUCGAAGCAUCGUUGGAAUAUUUAGUAUAUGCAGGGUACAGACGUUGGAAUUUCGCCACGUGUGUUGCGAAUGCUAAUCUAUUUCAAGAUAUAGUUAAUGACCCUAAGAAAGCUCCCGCUAUUCAAGGGCAGUAUUCGUCGUAUGGAGCAACAAACGUUACUAAAGGUUCUAGUGGUUUAAGUGUCGCAUCAACUUGCUGUAAUCCUGGCUCGGUUGUUAACAGAGGAUCUUGCCGUACGUUUUACUUUAUUAUCAAGCCAACAGCAACAACAACAACAGCAACAGCAGAAGUAACAGCAACAGCAGCAACAACAACAACAACAACAACAACAAGCAACGGCAACAACGGCAACAACAACAACGGCAACAACAAGCAACGGCAACAACAACAACAACAACAAGCAACGGCAACAACAACAACAACAACAACAACAAGCAACGACAACAACAACAACAACAAGCAACGACAACAACAACAACAACAACAACAACAACAACAACGGCAACAACAACGGCAACAACAACGGCAACAACAACGGCAACAACAACGGCAACAACAAGCAACGGCAACAACGGCAACAACAACAACGGCAACAACAAGCAACGGCAACAACAACAACAACAACAACAAGCAACGGCAACAACAACAAGCAACGGCAACAACAACAACAAGCAACGGCAACAACAACAACAACAACAACAACAACAACAACAACAACAACAACAACAACAACAACAACAACAACAACAACAACAACAACAACAACAACAACAACAACAACAACAACAACAACAACAACAACAACAACAACAACAACAACAACCCCAACAACAACAACAACAACAACAACAACAACAACAACAACAACAACAACAACAACAACAACAACAACAACAACAACAACAACAACAACAACAAACAACAUCAAACAACAGCAACACGGUGUAG